AUGUCGGCCUCAAGAUCGCUCUCACGAAGCCUUGCGAGGCUGUCGCAAGCGGGAUGCCGUCGAGCUCCCUCCACGAGCGCGCCGUAUAGAGGCUUGACCGCCUUACCGGGCCCUUUCCUCCGAUCCGCACCUACAUCGCGAGCUCUUCAAUCUCUCCAAUUGUCCCCGAGUCGUCGCGCAUUCUCUACAACACCCCAGCGGCGGCAUGGCCAUGUCACCCCACCAAAGCCCGGUGAAGAGCUCUGGGUCACAUUCAUCGAUAAAGAAGGCGAGGAGCACAAAUUCGCCGUUUCGGCGGGCGACAACCUGCUCGACAUUGCCCAGGCCAACGACCUGGAGAUGGAAGGUGCCUGCGGAGGAUCAUGCGCAUGCUCGACUUGCCAUGUCAUCGUAGAGGGAGAAGACCACUUUGACAAGAUGCCUGAGCCCGAAGAUGACGAGAACGAUAUGCUGGACCUCGCUUUUGGCCUGACCGAGACCAGCCGUCUGGGCUGCCAGGUUAUCAUGACCAAAGAGCUGGACGGCCUGGUGGUGAGGCUGCCUUCUAUGACGAGAAACAUGCAAGCGAGCGACUUUCAAUGA